CCCUAAAUCUAAUCUUAACCCCUCCUCUCUCUGCGGAAUCCUCGAACAAAUGACCCCAUCGUCGUAAACUCCACAAAAAACGUGCCCACGACUCUCUCUCCGUCGCCGUUAUCUCUCUCCGUCCCCUUCGUCUCGACGAUCUAUCGCCUUCUCUUUUAAAGAUGGUGAAAUGUAAUAUGUUGAGUGGGCACUGGGCACCCUUUAUAUAUGGAGUAUAAAAUAUAUUUCGUCGGAGAUGAUUACAAGAGAUAUGUCGAUGCUGCUGCUCUAGGUUUUGCUGUAGAUGGGAAGAGUUAUCAAGGGCCACAACAGACGUCAAUUCAGGCUCACCCCAUAUCCUAUACCUUCAAACCGUUAUGCUCAGGAGAAAAUUGACUGGAAGCAGGCUGUAUGUGCUGUUUGUUUGGAGGCUCCACAUAAUGCUGUUCUCCUCCUCUGCUCAUCCCAUGACAAAGGUUGCCGCCCUUAUAUGUGCGGUACCAACUUUCGCCAUUCUAACUGCCUUGACCUUUUCAAGAAAGCUUAUGCGAAGCCAGCUGUCACCACUUCCGACUCCCAAGAGAAUUUGUCAGACCUCAGUUGGCCUUCCUGCAAGAAAUCCGAGCCAACUGAGCUCUCUUGCCCUUUAUGCAGAGGUGAGGUGAAGGGAUGGACAAUAGUGGAACCAGCAAGACUUCACCUCAACAAAAAGAAAAGGAGCUGCAUGGAGGAUGGAUGCUCAUUCAGUGGCACAUAUAGAGAACUACAGAAGCAUGUGAAAGCCAAGCAUCCAAGAGCCAAGCCUCGAAAGGUUGAUCCAUUGCUCGAAGCGAAGUGGAGGGCACUUGAGAGGCAAACAGAGGAGCAAGACGUAUUGAGCACGAUAAGGUCAUCAAUGCCAAGAUCUGUUGUUAUGGGGGAUUAUGUCAUCGAUAUGGAUAGCAACAGCGGUAGCGACUUUGAUGAUUUUGACGACGAUGAUGAUGAAGAUGAUGGAUUUGAUGAUGAUGAUGACGAGGAUGAUGGAGGGGAUAGAGGAGGCGGCUUUCUAAGAAGAAGAAGGGGGAGAAGUAGUAGUGGGGAUUUUCGUCAAAGGUUUCUUUACCUUCUAUUGCAGGAGGGUGUUCGUCUGGCAAGGGCUCGUAGAGGUAUUGAAGAUGGUGGCAAUGGGGGUGGAGCUGUUAAUUAUCAGUCAGAGGAAGACAAUGUUCAUAAUGAUGUUGGUAGGAAUCAAGAAAGGCGAGUGAAUUUGAUUAGGAGAAGGCGGAGACGGGGGCGAGGUCGUGGGAGAUCUGUGUUUCAUGAUCUCAUGUGCUAAAAUUACCUUGAUGGAGCUUUGCUAGAAAGACCUAGAUAUGUUGUGUUCAGCUAGAUAGAGGAAUUGCCCAUUUUUUGGUUCCAAUGUUUAUGAUGGUAUAUUUCUCUUUUGGUUUUCGAUAUUUAAGUAGAAAGCACAUCUUCGAUUGGAUUGUUGUUAAGACAUGAUACUUAGAAGUAGGAAGGGCUUCUUACUUGGUUCUGCAUUUAUUUUCAGACAGGGUGUUGUUUAAGGAGGUGGUACUGCUGGUGUUAUUUUGUUUAGAGCUUAGUAUGAAGUCUGCAGUUGAAGAUAUUUCCAGAAAGUGGGAUAUAGGAGGUUCUCUUGCUACUAUUAGAGGGGAGAGAGAGCAAUGUCAUGGCUUUAACGAGUGAAUCUCUGUUUGAAGUUUUGUUUUUCGUCAAUACCCUCCAUUUGCAGUUCAAGCAGGACGUUCAGCUGGAUUUGUUUGUGGUUCGUGUGAUUCAUCUCUCUGGCCAGGGUAUCUAUCAGAGAGCAUUUGUCCUUUAUUCUUCGGCGUGGGAUUUGAUCUUUGUUUCAUUUUUGUGAGUAUAAAACUGCAUGAUGCCUUCAUUGCC